AUGAUCGUUAUUGAAAAAAGGUCUAGUAUAAAAGUUAUCAAUUCCAUCACCAAUAUCACACGGGCAAUUUCAAGCUUUUCUUUCCUUUUGUAUGCCGCUGUAGCUUCUAGUUUUUAAAAUUUAUAUUUCACAUUAUAUUUGAUUAUAUCAAAUAUACAAAAUUAUACAAAAUUAUAUUAAAUAAAUUUAUCUAUAAUAAUCUUUUAUUAUAGACAGGUAUUUAUGUACAGCGAGUAACGAUAGCUGACAACGUAAUGUGUCUUUAAAAGGGCGACUUCUGAACUGAUUUGAAUACUUGAAAUUAUAUUCGAGUGUGCCGCGGCGUGAAAAGAACAGGAUAAAAGUAAUCGCAUUAGCCAGAAGUAUCAAUGAUCGUGACUAUCCGACAAUUAUCCAACUGUUACGUAACGCUUAUCUAACUAACAACAACCAUCGAUUAUUUCCGACAAAUUAAACUCUGCGAUUGUUUCUGUGCAACGAGAAGAUCAUAAUGCAGUUAUUAACUAGAAACUACAUUCACUAACUUUGUUACACACGUUACGUAACUUUUUAUUCUUUUUCAAGGUCGUUCGAAAUUUUAGUAAAAUAUAAAUUACGAACAAACAUAAUGUUACACGAUUUGUACGUUUCAUUUACAGAUUUUUCUUUCUUUCUUUUUUUUUCUCUCUCUCUCUCUAGAAGUUAUCAACUACGAAAAUCCUGUUCGUGAAUUCUUCUGUUCUGCCGCUACAGAUCGUUUCACUGAAAGUGGUCCCAACAACUUUUCACGAAUCUCGUCAUAAGAAUCAAACAAAGAUCGAAGACGAGAGAAAGAUGUCUCGAUUCUCCCUUUGGCUUUGUCUCGUUUUCGUCGCGCUGGCGCAGCUCUCGCGCGGGCAGGAGACAACGAAACAACCUUUCCUCUUGCAGAAAAUCAAGGAUAGUUUGGGAAUUGUUCACAAAAGCUUUCAAGACGCGAUAGAGAAGUCGAAGCUCGGAGAUAUUUUCAAUGCACCAACGACAAGCACCACUACAGAGAUGAGUACAGCAACAACUACGGAUGAAGACAGUGAUUACGAAUUAAUGGUCAGGCAGUUCAUUGAGGUACCAGUUAGAUGUCCUCCCGGUUACGAUUUCGUACACGGAAGUUGCCGCAAGAAAGUUCUCUGAUGAAUUUCCCAUCUUUUCCACUUGCUCUUUUUAUUUUCACUUGUCUUUAUGUUAUCUUCCCUCUUAACUUUCAUCGCAGUGUAAGGUCCCGCGAGUGUCCUGUAAUUUUGAAAAGUCCUGUACACCAUGCCAUUUAGUUUCUUUUUCUUUUUUUCUUUUAUAUUGAUAAAAGUAAAGUAAAUUGCGAGAUCGAGAUUUUCAGACGUCCUCCACAGAAUGUCCAUGAAAAUUCAUAUUUCCGAGAAUUAAAAGGAAAUUGCUUCACUUGCAAGUAUUUAUACUGUGGAUUUCGUGUAAGGUCAUAUUUUAUAAAAUUUUUCUGUAAGUGCGUAAGAAUCCACGGUCGAAUGACUGUGAUUUAAUUGUAAUCAACUGUUGUAAUUAAAAUAUACGACUGAAACGACCUCUAUUUCUUUGACACGCUUUUUGAAGCGCUCUGUACAUGACGCGAAAAUAUUCGCAAACCGAUUUUAACAGCCCGUGGAUGUCCAUGAAAAUUCAUAUUUCUGAGAAUGUAAUUAAAAGGAAAUUGCUUCACUUGCAAGUAUUUAUACUGUGGAUUUCGUGUAAGGUCAUAUUUUAUAAAAUUUUUCUGUAAGUGCGUAAGAAUCCACGGUCGAAUGACUGUGAUUUAAUUGUAAUCAACUGUUGUAAUUAAAAUAUACGACUGAAAUGACUUCUACUUCUUUGCCACGUUUUUCGAAGCGCUCUGUACAUGACGCGAAAAUAUUGGCAAACCGAUUUUAACAGAACCGUUUAUGACCAGAAUCGUAU